CUGGUUUAUUUGACAUUAACGUUAACUGAAAUGAGAAGCUGAGAGCGGACGAGAAGUGCUCUGCUACUUCAUUAAAGUCAGGCUGUGCGUGAACUCAUGGAGAACCAACUGAAGUAGGAGCUCUCGGAUUUCAUCGACUCAACAGUUCGCGUCUCUUUCCGGCGCAGUUCGCUGGGGAUGCUGAUGCUGAGGAGCCUCGCCGAUCUGUAGCAUCGCUCGGUCCUCACUGUUUGCCGCCAUGUUGUUCUGCCUGCGGUUGCAGCACUGCGUCGACCUGUGCCUGGGCGGCCUGCUGCUGUGUCUGGUCGCGGGGCUGCAGCAGGUGGACCCGGCCGCCUCCGCAGAGAUGAUCGAAUUGAACUGGAAGCCGUUCAUCUACGGGGGGAUGGCCUCGAUUAUCGCAGAAUUCGGGACGUUUCCCGUUGACCUGACAAAGACUCGCUUACAGGUCCAGGGUCAGUGCCAGUACACGGAGGUGCGCUACAGAGGCAUGUUCCACGCCCUCUUCAAGAUCAGCAAGGAGGAGGGCAUGCGAGCGCUCUACUCCGGGAUUUCUCCGGCCCUGUUGAGACAAGCUUCUUACGGGACGAUCAAGAUAGGAACCUACAACUCCCUGAAGAGGCUGUUUGUGACCAAUCCAGAAGACGAGACGAUGGUCAUCAACGUGUUCUGCGGCGUCGUGUCUGGAGUGCUCUCCUCUUCUCUGGCCAACCCCACCGACGUCCUCAAGAUCCGAAUGCAGGCGCAGGGCAGUUUGCUGCAGGGCAGCAUGAUGUCCAACUUCAUGAACAUCUACCAGACGGAGGGCACCAGAGGGCUGUGGAGGGGUGUCAUCCCCACAGCGCAGCGAGCGGCCAUCGUCGUCGGGGUGGAACUUCCCGUCUAUGACCUAACGAAGAAGCACCUCCUUCAAUCGGGCCAGAUGGGAGACACUAUUUUGACCCAUUUUAUUUCCAGCUUCACGUGCGGCCUGGCCGGGGCGCUGGCCUCCAACCCCGUGGACGUGGUCCGGACCCGCAUGAUGAACCAGCGGGUUUCGUCGGGCGCCCCCAUGUACAAAGGAACGAUGGACGGACUGAUGCAGACGUGGAAGAACGAGGGCUUCUUCGCCCUCUAUAAGGGCUUCUGGCCCAACUGGCUGCGGCUGGGGCCCUGGAACAUCAUCUUCUUCAUCACCUUCGAGCAGCUGAAGAAGCUCCCGUUCUAACCGGAGCAGGAAGUGGGACUUCGCCGCGGCACCGGGAGCGUGUUCACACCUCCCCGUCACGAUGACGCACCGCUGCGAUUAGUCACCUCCCCACGCUCUUCCAAAUUGUAUGUUUCUUUCUUUUCUUCAUCGCAGCGCGUUUCCUUUUUGUUGUUGUUUUUUUAUCGUCACUGGUUGCGUUCUCGUCUCGCUCUCCUCCGGCACGCCGCCGGGCAGCGAGAUGUUCCCGUUGUAGCAGAUCACGGGGAAAAAAAAGCUGAGUUCACCAACCGACGACGGAGUUGGUGAACUGUCGGCCUGACGGACGGACGGACGCGACGCUUGUGAAUGUUUUUCGACCCUCGGAGAAAAGAACAGAAAACGGGGACAUUUAAUUCCUUUGAUGAGCGAAUGUCAUUUCGGACGAGCGUGGUUUUACGAGGUUUAAAACAAAUUACUUGACAUUUUUAAAGUGGAUGGCGCGUAGUGUGUUUUGACGGCGUAGCUAGUCACAUUUGGUUGAAUAUGCUGAUUGUUCGCGGUCUUUUAUGGACGCGACUACAUCCUGACGUGGUGUGAGGUUCAGCCCACUUUCCAAAAGUGUAAGUUUGUAAACUUAUACAAAUCCGAGAAUCAAACUUAUAACUUUAUAUGUUGUACGUUAGCUGUCUCUGAAAAGUACCACGUUCAUCUGAGAACGUCUUGUCGCAAAUGUAUUAUUUCAUAUUCGAAGGAUUUUAAAAUUUAUUUCAAGUAAAUUUUCCAUUUAUUAUUUUGAUCGACUUUAGUCGCUGAAACUUUGAAGGAUCUUUUUCUCUGAAUAUCCCCCAUCUCCCACAGCUCUGUAUUAUUAGUAGUAGUAUUAUCAUUAUUAUUAUUAUGUUUUGGUACCUGCAGUGACCCCAACACGCCGUCCUGAACCUGACACUCAACAUGUUGAGCUGCAUCCCCAAAAUACCCUUUUGUGGGUCAGUUGCUCCAAAAGAAUGACUCGCACCGGAAGCUAACUUAACUAUUGGCGCGCUAGCCGGCGAUCCGGUAGAGUUCGCUGCACGUCGAUGUGGAAGUUCCGGUCGGUCGAGGCGAAGCCACGAAGAGGAAACACUCGAGCGGAGCGCUGCAAGCCGUCACCAGAUUUUAACUCGAUAGCGUUCGACGAGUUCUCUCCGCGGCGCGCGUAUAACUCAUUUCAAAUGAAGUUAUAUUUGCUGCGUAUUAUUUAGAGUGACCUCGCUCUGCAUCGCCGACCCUGUUUAUGCGUUAUUGAAUCGGUUAGUUUGAAGGUUUUUCUUGAAAAGCUUCUCGAGCCGGAUUAUUCAACCGAUGUGUUUCCCUGUCAAGCUGCAGCCACACGCCACACGCACUCUCCGCCGACGUCGGCUCGGCUUCGUUUCUGUGAGCUCGGCUUCAUUCAUGUCACGUUUGUUAUUUAUAUCGCCUCCUGGAUUGUUUUUGUUUAUUGUCCUCUGAUGGAGAGGCACUCGACAGGUUUCCCCCACCCCAUUAAAAACGCCCAUGAAAUGUCACACCCUGAUUUAUAUUUAUUUAUUUAUUUUAUUCACCUGCAGAAUCCAAAAUCACACCGAUUUGUAAACGCCGUCUCGAGUCACCAACAUGUGUAUGUUGGUGACUCAAAUUAUUUGAGAUGAGAUUCCUCUGUUUCUGAAGUGAAAAGUGAUUUCAACACAAUCCUGUUACAGCGUCACGUUGACGCCCCUCUGACGACGCCUCGCUCGUACUGGACAGCCGCUAAAUCUGCACAAAUGAGACAAAGAUCCUAACUCUCAAAUGCACCGUUUAACGUCUCUGUGCUCCUGUGAUAUUUGCAUGUUUUGUUUUUAUUUAUCUGGUAAUUUGCAGCAAAAACAGCCCAAUUCACAAAUAUCAGCGGUUGGCCGUGGACGGACACAGAGGUGACACACAGUCACUCACGUCACAUGAUCCUCCCGGAGGGGACGCACAAAAGACAGAUUGUUUAAUAAACUAAUAUUUAGAUAUUUACCCUCUAUCUGCAAAAAAAAUUGCACUCAGAUGCAGAACUUUAUGGGACAAUUUAUACACUUUUUUUCUUUGUGGAUUAGCCCACAUGUGUGUUUCUUUAUUUAUUUAGUUUUUGUAACUCCACUAAUGAGAACUUGAAGAACAAUAAAUUGGAGUUUAACAUUUUAAAAAGCAGUUCCAAGACACUUCCGUGAGGAAAUGUGACGUCUCAAUCUGAGCCGGUUAAAGCGUCUAUCGACAUUUAUACGUUAAUAGACUUAUAUUUACGUUUAUUCCAGACGAACAUGGACACAUUUGUUAAACAAAUGUUGGCAACUUCAUCCUGCUGAGAUCAGCUAAGCCAGGUUUGAGUAAUCUUCACUGUUUUUAAACAAAACUGGAAAAAAAAGUCAUGUUGAAUUUGAGUGAAUGAGCGCUUCCUUUUUUUAAUACAACUAUUUCCAAACAUCGGCUUAUAAACUCUCACAACUCGUGCGGAAUAAUCCAAGUUUAAUUUACCCAGUCGUAUGAUCACAUCUUCACAAAAAACCUCACCAUUUAAAAUGCAGCAACAGAAGCUGGAGCUGUUUUAAAUAGUGAUGUAUUUACUUUGUGCAAAGAUGCAUGCGUUUAAACGCGCCCCCAUUCACUUCCAUUCUUCAUCUCUGUUUCCUUUAUAUGUAAACGGUGCUUCUUCAAUAAAUGUCUAUCACUAAAACAGUGUGUCUCCGUUGUGUAUACACUCACAAACAAUUCAACUAAGAGUACGAUUCUGAAAAUGUGAAGCUCGUGUAUAACGGGAAAAGAACCUCCUGAAUACAAUUCCCAUGUUUUCACUCGAAUAUAAUUUAUAAAUCAACCAAUCCAUUUUAAGGAUUGCUAACAGAGAUCUGAGAUGCAUCUCAAACACAGAUGUGUAAUUACCAGAUUGAGAGAAAAGCCAGCAACGUAUAAAAUAGUGUCAUUGCAUAUUGUAUUUUAGGACGGAAUAUUAGAGGACCGAGACUAGAGCCCUGUGGUACACCAAUACUAAUGGAAAUAAAAGAUUAUCCUGGAUGGAAAUCUAAAGGUUGUCACGUUUUAACUUACAAUAAGGUUUUUUUCUCGUUCACUAUUAUUUCUGAUUAAGAGUCUCUGGUUGAACAUUACCAGCAUGUUUCACACUGAUGGGACUUUGAAAGCUCCAGAAACGGUUAAGACAUUGACCGUGAGUCCCGAUUAUUUUAGAGAGCGUAAUAAAGAAAUGUUACCGCCAAAAUCCCGGUGCCCGCAAUGAGCGCGCUAACAGAGGAGCACAUUUCUCGUUCUUCUGAUGAACUGACCGCGAUUGUAAAGCACUUUAUCUCGAUUGAUCGAGAGACGGGAAAUCGAUACCUCGAAGAGAGCGAGAUGUUUCGGUGUUUCUAAUCUGAACUCCUCGAUGUCGAUGCUUUUCUGUUGUUGAAUAGCAGUUGUAGCAUUAAAAUGUCUGAUUGUUCUUUUUCAUUUUUCGGUUUGCUUUUGGUCCGUUUCACUGAUCAAAAUCAAGAUGUCGACUUAUUGAUUUGGUAUCGGCAUCAUUCCUCCAGACGUCGCGUGUUCUCCGCACAUUUAGUGUAAUUGUUUAUUAAUUAAUUUGUUUGUUCACCCACUUCUAUCAAGAUGCUUCAGUCGAAACAAAAAUGUUUGUCGUUCUAAUUUAAAAUGUUUUAAGGUUUUUUUUCUGACGAGAAGAGAACGAUUUAUUAUAAUGUACAUUUUUGCAUUGAUUUUACGGUGGGACUUUUUCAGUGUUUUUGAGGUUGUUGUUUUUUUGGCUUUAUAUCAAUUCGAUGUUCACUCAAAUAAAAUAUAUGCUGUGAUUGUUCUGUAUCGGUUUGUGUCUCCUUCCUCGUCUGUUUUGGGGCGUCGAUCAACGUCCUGGAUUUUAAUAUUUAAAGAUAGCUGGUAUUUCAUUUGCAUGUUUUUGUGUAUUGACUAACGGGGACACAGUUUAUUUUAAAUUGGUCCUCAACUCCUCACGGUUCGUCCAAUAAAAGCCCAAUCGGGGGCAUUUUUCCUUUCUCUGAAAUUAUUUUGCAAGUCGAUAUUACUGUGUGUGUGUGUGUGUUUUACAAUGCAAAUAUUAAAGGCCGAAAAAGCUU